AUGGCUGUAAAGAAUUUCAAAAUGGAACUUGACCACUUUAGUCAGUUGACGGGUCUCGUGGACUUCUAUGCUCGACUGGUGCCACAAGGUAAAGAAAGUAUUCGACCUGCCUGCAAAAAGUGUGGUUAUUCUGGGCAUCUGACAUAUCAGUGCAGAAAUUUCAUUAAAAUAGAUCCAAAUAAAGAUAUUGUAUUGGAUGUUAGUAGUACAAGUUCGGAAAGUGAUGAUGAUUAUGUUACACCUCUUAGAGCUUUGAGAGAACAAGAAUUACUAGAAAAAGUUAAGAAGAUAAAGAAAAGGAAGAAGAAAAAGAAGAAGUCACAACAUUCGUCUGAAGACAGUAGUUCUGACUCCGAAUCCCAAAAAGAGAAAGAAAAGAAGAAAAAAAAUAAAAGGAAGCAUCAAUUAAGUUCUGAAUCCAGUGAUGAAGAUUCACGAAAGAAGAAAAAAUUGAAAAAACUUAAAAAGAAGAAACAUAAAAAAAAAGGCGAGUGA